AUGGUGACAGGAAUAGAAACUACCGGUGUCAUAUUGGCAGUUCUCCCCUUGCUGGUGAACCAACUGGACAACUACGCGCGCGGCUUAGAAAAGAUCAAGGCAUUUCGACGGUAUAAAUGGCAGUUGGAGGACUACUCUACCGGCCUGAGUGCGCAGUAUGCCAUUUUACUAAAUACGUUGGAAUUAUCUCUCGAAGAUGUUGUCGACGAUCAUGACAAAAGAUCAGAAUUGAUCAGCAAUCCGAAGGGUCCUGGCUGGAGUGAGAUCGAAUUUCAACAAAGAUUGAUCAAAAAGCUGGAUCGCAACUAUGUCCCUUUUACUCGGACCGUGAAAGGGCUGUGCGACCUUCUAGAAGACCUGUCUCGAAAACUUGGAUUGGAGACUGGGGACUAUACAACAGCAAGUCGUACUACUUGGUAA